AUGAGUGAGGUGAACCUUGACAUUGGCGUUUACGAGCCCAUGAAAAAGGCUGAAGCUUCACAUGAAUUUCAAGAGAUGUCACUUGAAGCACGGACAGUUUUGCAUCACAUGCGAGUCUCUAUGGAGCAUGAGGGCAUCCACUUGCCAGCGGCUGAGAAAGAGGAAUGCAUACAGCUCUUGGAUUCAGAGCAGCAGCUCUCUUUUGACAUCCUCAACCGACAAGAGCAGCUGCGACAUCAAGCUUCUGAAGAAGGCGCUUGGGUUCCGCUCGCGAGCUUGGGAGAUUUCAGAGGCCAAGUUGGUGGAUUGCCACAUCGACAGGAUGAAGUGCUCAUCCCACGGGACUCAGUGCUGGCGGAUCACAUUCUGAAGUCUCCAGACCAGGACGCACGACGGAGAGUCUACGAAGCACAGCAAGGACGGGACAAAAUUGGGGAAGAACACAUGGUUUCUUUGUUGGCCACGCGUCAAAGACUAGCAAAGAUCCGUGGAUAUGAAAGCUGGGCUCACUACGCGCAGCGUGAUGCGCUCUUCUCCAGCCCACAGCGUGUCCAGAACUUCCUUGAUUCUGCUUGGCAACAGUUGAGGCCUGGCUUUGUAGCUGAGCUUCAUCUCCUGUCCAAGGAGAAGAAGUCCUUAAGCAACGAAACGCACCUCCAACCUUGGGACGUUCCGUACUUGCUACAUCUAUGCAAGCAGAAGCACAAAGAGGCUGAUGAAAUUUCAGAGUACCUGACAUAUGCUUCACUAAUGAAAGGCGUCGAACUCAUACUUUCACGUCUACUUGGCCUUCAGUUCACUCAAGAGGAACCUGAAGCUGGUGAACUUUGGCAUCCUUCAGUGCAAAAGUAUGCGAUACGGGAUCAAGAUGAAAUCCUUGGUAUUUUGUACUUAGAUCCAUUCCAACGCGCUGGCAAAAGAGUCCAAUCAGCACAAUUUACCCUCCAGGGGUCAAAAUUACUGGAUGAUGGAGGGCGUCAAACUCCCAAGACCUGCUUGGUCUAUGCAUUGCCACCCGCAGCACGUGGUUUGACAGCAGGCUUUGCAGCCACCUUUAUGCAUGAGAUUGGACAUGCAGUGCAUUCGUUGCUAUCGGAGACGCAGUUUCAGCAUCUCUCUGGCACACGUGGAACCAUCGACUUUGUUGAGUUUCCGUCUCAUUUGUUCGAACACUUCGUUUUGGAUCCGGAGUGCCUCGCACUAUAUGCUUCACAUACUGGAACAGGUCGAGAGCUGCCGCAGCACUUGCGACAAGCCCAUCGCCGGAGGCCCUUCAGUCACUUCGAAGCUGUGCAGCAGCUGAUGUAUGCAGCUGUGGACCAAGCCUUCUUCGAGUUUCAGCCUUCAGCCGCAAAUCCUGAAAAGCAAGUGGCUGAAGUACAUCAGCAUCUCCAUGACUCGUAA